CCUCUGUCAAGAUGCUUCUGGCCACCGUCCUUACCUCUGCCCUGCUCCUGUGCUCUGUGGCAGGCCGGGGGUGUCCAACCUCGACGGGGAUCGUCAGGGACAUCAACUUCCUCAUCAACAAGAUGCAGGAAGAUGCUGCUUCGAAGUGCCACUGCAGUGCUAAUGUGACCAGUUGUCUCUGUCUGCCCAUUCCUUCUGACAACUGCCCUGGACCAUGCUUCAGGGAGGGACUGUCUCAGAUGACCAAUACCACAGUGAAAACAAGAUACCCACUGAUUUUCAAUCGGGUGAAAAAAUCGGUUGAAGUACUAAAGAACAACAAGUGUCCCAAUUUUUCCUGUGAACAGCCAUGCAACCAGACCAUGGCAGGCAACACGCUGACAUUUCUGAAGAGUCUCCUGGAAGUUUUCCAGAAAGAAAAGAUGAGAGGGAUGGGAGGCAAAAUAUGAAGAUGAAAUAUUAUUUAUCCUAUUUAUUAAAUGUAAAAUGCUUUCUCUUUAAGUUGCUACAAUUAAAAAAUCAAGUAAGCUACUCUAAAUC